AUGGAAACCGCAAAGGGGUUCAGAGGAAGAAUAGGCGGAGGGAGGAAGAAGGCAGUGUCAAAGUCGACCCGAGCCGGGCUUCAAUUUCCGGUGGGUCGGAUCGCCCGUUUCAUGAAAGCUGGUCGCUACGCCGAUCGGAUUGGAACCGGGGCUCCGAUUUACAUGGCUGCUGUUCUUGAAUAUUUGGCUGCUGAGGUUCUGGAGUUGGCGGGGAAUGCGGCACGUGACAACAAGAAGACUCGGAUCAACCCGCGGCACGUGCUAUUGGCAGUGAAAAACGACGAGGAGCUGGAGAAGCUUUUGAAAGGAGUGACCAUAGCCAGUGGCGGUGUGCUUCCACAGAUAAACCCAGUUUUGCUUCCAAAGGAGACGACGUCGUCCAAAGUCUCUUCCAAGGCUCCCAAGCUCGUCAAUCCCACCACCAACAAAUCGUCUUUUUCUGCUGCUGUAGAAAAUGCUCCCGACUUUGGGAACGAGGCAAACGACGCCGCUUCGGAUGUCGCGGACAAUGCGUCUCCCAAUUCACCACCCAAGGAGUUGGCCUCAAGCCCCUCUUCUGGUGUUUCUGCUGUGUCAGCAACUACAUAA